AUGCCGACCGAGCAACUCAACAUCACCGUCGCAGACCGCUUCAAACUCCUCAACUACCUAGGAGGAGGUGGCUACGGCGAAGUCUUCCUCGCCCAAGACCUCCAAACCAAAACAACCGUCGCCCUCAAACUCGAACAUCUCAGCACGCGCGACACCCUGGAACAAGAACACACGAUCUACACGGCGAUCAAAGGCCCCGGGAUCCCGAAGGUCUACUUCUACCACCCGGCCAUCGACGACUACCGCUUGCUGGCCAUCGAACUCCUCGGCCCCACCCUCGAGGAUCUCUUCAACUACUGCCACCGCGAGUUCUCCCUCAAGACAGUGCUGAUGAUCGCGGACCAGCUGCUGCGGCGCAUGCAGCACAUCCACGCCGCCGGGUACAUCCACCAGGACAUCAAGCCCGAGAACCUGCUGAUGGGGCGCGGCCGGAAGGGCCACACGCUGUACAUCAACGACUUCGGGCUGGCGCGGAAGAAGUUCGUGAGCCGGCGCAACGUCAAGUGGUAUCGCGGGAAGUUGGAGAAGGAUGUCGUCGGCACGGUGUUUUAUGCGAGCCGCGCGGCGCAUUCGAGGUAUUAUCAAACCUACCGCGACGAUAUGGAAUGUGUCGGGUACACGCUCGUCGAGUUCCUGAAGGGCGAGCUCCCCUGGGAUUAUCUGGGCCAUUCGAAGCAUCGGCCCAUCGGGGAGGCGAAGAGCCGCAUCACGGCCCAGGAGCUGUGUCGUGGCUUGCCGGUGGAGUUUGAGUGGUAUUUUCACCAUGUGAAUGGGCUGCGGUACAAUGAACUGCCGGACUAUGAGUUGUUGCGGGGCUGGUUUCGGAAGUUGUUUGCAAGGCGGGGGUAUGAGUGGGAUAAUGUGUUUGAUUGGACGGAGAAGAGGUUUUAUGAGUUGAGGACGGAGCAUGAGGGUAAGGAGGAAGAGGAGGAGGAGGAGGAGGAGGAGGAGAAGGAUGAUGAAGAUGAUGACGAUUAUGUAGAUUGA